GCUUGAAGAUAUAGUAUUAUAAACUACUGUCAGAAAUAAUUCACCUGGCCAUAAAAAGCACAUGUUUCAGGUUGAAUGAAUUCGUGUGUGAACGAGUACCUGUUGUGUGACGUCACUGUCAUGUGACUAUUGAAAAAUGGAGAAACGGAAGUAGAUUUUUGAAAUAUCAACAAACAGUUAUUUCACUUAUUUGUAUAAUUUCUUCAGGAAACUCAACUGUUAGUUUUAGUGGUAGAAUUUGUCAAGACUUUCAUCAUGUCUGGGGAAGGCAUGAAAGAAGAUUUAUACAGUGUCCCAUUGUCAAGUGACAGUGACACAGGCGAUAUACAGCAAACCAAUGGAUACAACACAAAAAGAGUUCCAAGUGGAGACAACUUUACAAGUCUUGACCCAGAUAUUAACCCUGAUGAAGAGGAGGAGAAACAAAGACUCAUAGCACAAGUUCUUGAACUACAAAAUACACUGGAUGAUCUGUCAUCAAGAGUAGACUCAGUAAAAGAAGAAAACUUGAAAUUAAAAUCAGAAAACCAAGUAUUAGGGCAAUAUAUAGAAAACCUCAUGGCUGCCAGCAGUGUGUUCCAGUCAACAGAACCUAAAGCUAAGAAAAAGUCUGGGAAAAAAAGGGAGAAAUAAACCUAUGCUACUCUGCUAACCGUUACAGAAAGCUUUAACUACAGCAAAAUUCAUGUGGUUGCAUAAUAUCUAAAAAUAACCUAGUCUUUAUAACUUAUGGAAUAGAAUGCUGAUAGAUUUUCAUUUUGGCUGAACAUAUGUAUUAGAAAUGUUUGUAUUGUUGAAUCUCAUUUAAAUAUUGUAUUUACAAUUAUUAGACA